AUGGAUGUGACUUUAAAGGUUGCUUUGCUUGUACAAGAUUACUUGAUGACCUAUGUUGGUGAUGCUGGCACGGCUGUAUCAGUAAAGGAACACAUGCAGACAUGUAUAUUUGAGAAAUUAAAGGUAUACAUCGACAGUAACAAUACAAAAUUAGAAAAAUUGGAGAAGAUAGUGAUGGAUCAACAACAAGAAAUUAGCAAAUUACGUCGAUUGAUAAAGGCUUCGAAAUUUAAUAUGCUGCCAUCAGCAGAUGACGUUGCAGCUAUCCAAGACGGUAUAACAGAUGACCCUGCGAUAGGUGACGAGGAUGAAGAUGUAUAUCUUGGGUUGAGUUCGUUUCCACAUGGUGAUAUUGCAUGUCAGCGCACGAUUUCGCAACACAAAUGUGGUGUAACGUCAUUAGCAUUCAGCAGAGGAUUGAUUUAUGCAGGUGCACAUGAUGGAUCCACAAAGAUAUUCAAUGCAGACACCGGACAAAUGAUUAAAGACCUAAAUGGUCAUCAAGUAUCAGUGUGGGCUUUGGCUGUGUGUCAUGAAACCGAGCGUUUCUUUAGUGCUGGCUCAGAUGGUGUGAUAAAGGUAUGGGAUUGGAAUUUCAACCAACCUAACGCAUGUGUGAAGACAUUGACCCAACAUUCUGGCAAAAUAUAUGGUAUGGUUGUAUCAGGAAAUAAGUUGUUUUCGGCUUCUUCAGAUAAAACCGUGAAAGUAUGGGACCCAAUAACAUUGGAGAACUUGGCGACAUUCACGGGUCAUACUGAUGGGGUAAAUAACCUGAUCGCAAUAGGAGAUGAUAAAUUAGCUACUGCUGGUAGUGACAGCACUGUUAAGAUUUGGGACGUCACUACAGGCACUUGUAUACACACUAUUUCGUGCAAUUCAUCAGAGGUCCUUGAUGUUGCCUUUGGCGACAAUAUGCUGUUUGCAUCUACAAAUGAUGCUGUUAUACAUGUGUAUAAUAUAAAUGACAAUCAUUCAACAGCAAUAUCUACACUAGCUGGCCAUAACUGGGAGGUAUGGCAAUUAGAGUAUACUAUUGGUGCUUUGUUCAGUGCGAGUUUUGACCAUACUAUUAAACGGUGGGACGUGAGAAAUCGUAUGAUUUGCAAUGCAACAUUAAAGGGACAUCAAGGUAAGUUGGAUCGGUAA